GCCAGGAUGGAAGAUGUUGAGCUGGGUUGCUCGGUAUGUCAAGAGGCCUACGACGACAGCCGGGCCCGGAGUCCCCGGAACCUCGGGUGCGGCCACUCGGUCUGCACGUCCUGCGUCGAAGAAAUCAUCAGCAGGAACCGGAAAUGCCCCGAGUGCCGGCGGCCCUUCUACGCCGCGACGGCCUCCAGCCUCCCGGUCAACUACCCCCUCCUCCGACUCUCGCGCUCCCUGGCCGCUAUGCGUCUUCAGCAGCCGCAAGCAACAGCCGUAGCGACCCCAGCCUCGACGAGCGGACCCGCAGACGGCCAGCAGGAUGCAGGGGAGUGCGCCGCUCACGUCUCUCGCAUGAUCUACAGAUGCAUGACCUGCAAAGUGUGGGCUUGUCAGGACUGCCUGGUAAUGGACCACAUGCUGCCGCCUCAGGGGCACUGCGAGAUCCUCCCUGUUGAUCAAGCGCUCGAAGAGAUGAAGAAAGGCCACCUGGAGAUCAUUUCAACAACUUACCAGACGCUCCAGGGCCUCAAAAAUUACAUGGCGAGCCAAAUUUCCAUCUUGGAUUCUAAUAAGCGCUUACAUGACGAGACAAUUAACAGCUUAAGAAACAUUACUCAAGGAGAGCUUAACAUAGUGCAAGACAUCGAUACCAAAAAGAAGCAAAUAACCGACAAACUCUCUGAGGUCGACUGCUGGGUGGAGUCCCUCAGGGAAACGGAAGCAUGCAUAGUUCAAGCACAGUCCGUGCGAGAACUGGCUAACGCAAAAUUGGCGGCGAAGGACUGCGUAUCCAACGUUGAAAGUUGCAUCACGAAAGAACAAGAAAGACAUUGUCAGCUUCAACUUAUUUUGCCUCAGAUUGGAAAACAAGACCUGACUGGAGUACUACAAAUGGCGAAGUCCAUGUACGUGAUGCAUGAAGAGGGUGGGCGCCAGCGGUGGGCGAGAGUGAGCGUACAUGACUGUCUUCUGCACCUUCACGCCCUCGCAGAUAAUCCACCUCCUUCGAACUCCAUCACCUUUUCAUAUUCCAGUGUGCGUUCGCUGGUGCCGACAGAAGCAACAACCGCCUUCCUCGACCUGGGCUGGCAGGGGCAGACGCAAGGCCGCGUCUACGUGCGUAUGUUCGGCGACACCCGACGCGGCCAGCAGUUCCUCCUGCUGUGCUCCGGGGAGAAGGGCCCUUGCUACAGACUCACAAGGUUCUUCGACGCAGACCGGAUCGGCGAGCGCGGAGAGAUCAUCCGAGGCGGGGACUACGAGCACAACGACGGCACGGGCGGCGCGGCCAUCAUGGACGGGCUGCUGAGCGGGGGCGUGUACCACCGGGAGGCUGUGGCGGGGCUGGUGGUGGGCGCUCAUGCCAGCCAGGCGGAGCGACUAGGCGUUUUCGGCAUCAUCCUGACCGAAUGGCCGGGGAACAAAACAGACACGGGCUUCGGUCUUGUCACCAGUGGCCUCGGGACCUUGAAGUCCGCCGCGAGACACAAGCCAGUCACCGACGUCACCAUAGAGAACUGCGGCUUAGUGAUACCCAUUUGAUGUUUCACCGGCAAUUUUGCUCAUGCUUAUUGUCUCAUGCUUUAUAUAUACAUGCAUAUAUAUAAAUGAAUAUAUAUAUAUAUAUAUAUAUAUAUAUAUAUAUAUAUAUAUAUAUAUGUAUGUAU